AUGUGUGCCUACACUGACGGACACACAUUCUGUAGAUAUCCUCCGGGUCCAAGUCCUCAGUGCGUGGGAUACAUAGAUGCGCGACUGUCGCAAGACGACAAGUCGCGUGUUUUGAGACGACUCAACCGACGACGCAGCGAAGUGGCACGAGGUGGUCGAGGAUUACCUGCUGCUGCGGAUAUGCUCAAAUUGCGAUGGGUCGAGGAGUUGUCCCGCGAAGCCCAGCGCUGGGCCGACCAGUGCCAACCGCCCAGUACAGUGGAGCAUCAGGACGACUGCCGCGAUCUAUAUUCGAUAACAGUGGGCCAGUGUAUAUCGUCGGUGGUGGGCGAAGCGCCAGGGCUGCGUUUCGAGUCGAUGGUGGACAUGUGGCCCAUGCAGGCCAGGCUGUACAAACGAUUCCUUGCUAAUGUGACGCAAACUGUAGACAAGUCGAGAGGAUAUUACGGAGAUUACGCUCAAAUGUUUUGGUCGCGGACCUAUAUGGUGGGAUGCGGACGCAGUCGAUUCAUGAUACCGUGGCACGGUCGAGAGCGGAGCGUGGACCGACUUGUGUGCAACUUUGCCCCGCGUUGGCCCGGGACUCACCGCGAGCUGUGGGCCCCGGGGGAGCCGGCCAGCGCCUGCCCCGCGAGGUCUCGACCUGACCUACUCUCACCAGACCUCUGCAGCUAUCCUGAAACCGACCGACAAUUACAAGAAGCUAUAGAUCUUAUGGAGAGAAAGCUAGCAGCAUCUGCACCUGUUUCCACUUCUGGAAAAGUCCGACGUGAGUUAAGAGAUUUGAAACAUAAAUUCAAAAAUGAAUCAACACAAAAUGCGUUACCAGAAACAGUUAAUGACACAGAUCGUGGGCCGAUGAUAAAUAUGGUACUGAAAUAUAUACCGUAUUUGAAACCUUUCGAGAAAAGUAUAAUCGGUGAUUCCAAAGCGAACGUUAAUAAUGCAAAAGUUGUGUCGCCUUGUUUUAUUUUGUUUAUUGUUUUGUAUUUUUAAUCAUGUAUUGUUGAAAUUGUUGUUUGAUCGACAUUGUCAUAUUCUUUGUGUUCGUUAUUUUGGU